GGUACAUAGUGCUACAAGUUGUAUAACAGUUGUACGCUCAAAGGAUAAUUAGUUUGACAGAUAAAUAUCUCUGAACUUUGGCAAAAUUUGAAGCAUUCAGUGUUAGUUUUCAGAAUCUGUAGCUCUACGGAUGGGGAGGUGAAUGCCAUCUGCCCGGAGGAGUUAAAACGUCAAAAGAGAAAAAGGCACUACUGGCAUACAUAGCCAUGCUAAUUACAAAGUCAAAAGAAACUGGCCAAAUAAAAUUGCAAAUUUGCAGUAGAUGAGAUCCAUUGCGCCAACAAGGGAAGCUGCAAUUACAGUUGUUUCAGGAAGCUGCAGCUUGCAGAUCAAAAACAAGACCUACCUGUUCAGUGGCUGAUGACACCUCUGAAGUCUGAACCUGCAAUUGCCCGACGAGAAGGUAGGUUCUGGAUGCGGAUCGGAAUCGAGGAGGCCGGAUCGGAAUCGGACACCGCGCGCGUGCGAUCCAAGCAGCAGCAGCAGAUCGGAGUCCGACUCCCGGUGAUUUGCCGCCACCACCGCCUACAUAACCAAUCGAUCCAUCCAUCAAUCAACUCGUCGUCUCUGUCUUGGCCAUUGUUCCUCUUGGGUGCCGUCUCCCUUCCGAUCCCUGCCAUGGAAGAAGAUAUAGUGUGGGAGAUUGGGGAGAUCGAAGCCCAAGGAGGAGGAGAGUCGCCGCCGUUGUUUGACCAAGCCACGCCGCCGCCGCUUUACCCGCCGGCGUCGGUCUCGUCACUCACCCGAGGCGAUGCCGCCGCCGCUUCCAUCAGCAACAAGCGCGGCCGCGUCGCCGCCUCCAGCAAGGCCAUCCAAGGCCUGCGGGAGGUGACGGCGCCGCCGACGGACGGGUCCGACGACGACUGCUGCGCCAUCUGCCUUCAGGAUCUCGAUUACUCCGACAAGGCCCAUCCAGUUCCGGUGAGGGCCAUGCCUUGCUCGCACACCUUUCACGAGCACUGCAUCUUCGAGUGGCUCCGCCGGAACGCCGUCUGCCCUCUCUGCCGCCACCAGCUGUCUACGGAGGACGACCACGAGCAGGAGCAGGAACAGGGGAGGAGGAGGAGGAGGAGGAUCAGGAAUUUCAGGAUCCCGUUCCUCUACAUCGAUGAGGACGGCAGGCCGCGCUAUGGCUCCAGCGACGACGAGGAGGAGGAGGAGGAGGAGGUGGACCCGGAGCAGUUCGAGGUGGCCUUGAGAGAAUUUUACGCUGGACUGGAUCAGACGAUCAGACCACAAAGCUAGCUUGCACUGGGACUGGAAGAUGAUCGAUUCGGCAUGCCAGAGCCUCCUCCUCCAUCUCAAUCCACUGCCUUCAACUUCAGCUGGAGCUUGCUGUUGAGUUUCUAUGUAAUCUUACUUAAGAGAUGCCAGAUCAACUGGAUCUUGUGUUUUAUUUGAAUUCAUCCUAUGAGAUUCAUAUAUCUCAUUCUCAGACUCAUCAUGCAUGUUUCCAAAUUCAGUCUCUAGAAUUUACAACUGCCUCCAGGUGU